GCACUCCUCUGUGACUGUGAGCAGCGCAGAUCGCCACCACGACAUCAGCACCAAUAUUGCCUCUCUCUCUCUCUCUCUUCUCUCUCUCUCUCUCACUCACCUUUUUCCGCCUAUAUUAUUUGAAACACGGCAGCCUUCCUUCCACCUCAUGGAGACUUCAUAGAGAACAACUGAGCGUCUUGCUUCCACCUUCGGUGACGAGGAGUAUGGCAAGUGUUACGGCGUUAGUGAUGCUGUUCUUGGCUUGUGCCGGGGGUUUGGUUUGCGGCAACCAGACCUACAUCGUGUACAUGAACCCGGCCCACCGGCCGGCAGUCCACCCGACCCACGCCGACUGGUACGCUGCGCACCUUCAGUCUCUGGACAUCGACCCCGGCCGCCACCUACUCUAUACCUACUCCGACGCCCUCCACGGCUUCGCGGCCUCCCUGCUGCCGCACCACCUCGACCUCCUCCGCCGCUCCCCCGCCGUAGUCCAACUCCACCCCGACCCUGUACUCACCCUGCACACCACCCGCUCCCCGCAGUUUCUUGGUCUCGCACCCGACGCCUCCUCCUCGGCGGCCGUUCCCCGCCCCAUACAGGCCGUCGAGGCUGCCUCCCGCGACGUCUUCAUCGCCGUCCUCGAUACCGGCGUAUGGCCGGAGGUUCCGAGCUUCUCUGCCGCCGCCGGCCUCCCCGAGGUCCCCUCCCGGUGGCACGGCGCUUGCGAGGCCGGCGUCGACUUCUCCCCCUCGCUCUGCAACCGCAAGCUCGUUGGGGCCAGGAGCUUCUCCCGGGGCUUCCGAGCUGCCGCUGCGGUUGCCGGAGACGGCACCGUGCGGGGGAAGCCCAACGAGUACGACUCGCCGCGGGACCGGGACGGGCAUGGGACGCACACGGCGUCGACGGCCGCUGGCUCCGCCGUGGCCAACGCUAGCCUCCUCGGGUACGCAACCGGCACCGCCCGGGGCAUGGCGAUUGCCGCUCGCGUCGCCGCCUACAAGGUCUGCUGGGCCUCCGGGUGCUUCGGUUCUGACAUCCUCGCCGGGAUCGACACUGCCAUCUCCGACGGCGCCGACAUCCUCUCCCUCUCCCUCGGCGGCGGUUCCACCCCCUACUUCCGCGACACGAUCGCCAUCGGCGCCUUCGCCGCCGCAGAGCGCGGCAUCUUCGUCUCCUGCUCCGCCGGCAACAGCGGGCCCGGCCCCGCCACCCUCGCGAACGGCGCCCCGUGGAUCGCCACCGUGGGCGCCGGCACCCUAGAUCGCGAUUUCCCGGCGACCGCCCGCCUCGGCAACGGCGCGCGGUACACAGGAGUCUCGCUGUACAGUGGGAAGGGGAUGGGGAAGAAGCUGGUCCCUGCGGUGUACGGCGGCGGGAGGAGCAACGCGAGCAAGCUGUGCCUCGCGGGCACGCUGGACCCCGCGCGCGUGCGGGGAAAGCUGGUGCUUUGCGACCGCGGGGUGAGCGCCCGCGUGGAAAAGGGGGCGGUGGUGAAGGCCGCCGGAGGAGCGGGGAUGAUACUGGCGAACACGGCGGCCAACGGGGAGGAGCUGGUGGCGGACAGCCAUCUGCUGCCGGCAGUAGCAGUGGGGAAGAAGGAAGGGGAUCUGAUUCGGCAGUACGUCACCACCAACCCGAGACCGAGGGGAGCGUUGAGCUUCGGGGGGACGGUGCUGGGGGUGCGGCCGUCGCCGGUGGUGGCGGCAUUCAGCUCAAGGGGGCCAAAUCCGGUGUCGCCGCAGAUACUGAAGCCGGAUUUCAUCGGGCCGGGGGUGAACAUAUUGGCAGGGUGGUCGGGAUCGAUCGGGCCGACCGGGCUGCUCAAGGAUGGCCGGAGGACCCAAUUCAACAUCAUGUCCGGAACAUCGAUGUCAUGCCCACACAUCAGUGGAGUUGCUGCAUUGCUGAAGGGUGCGCACCCUAACUGGAGUCCUGCUGCCAUCAAGUCGGCCCUCAUGACGACUUCAUACGUCCUCGACAACACCAAUUCUCCCCUUCGCGAUGCUGCCGGUGGGUCAUACGCCACCCCGUUCGCUUACGGUGCGGGCCAUGUGGAUCCACAGAGAGCCCUCUCCCCGGGCCUCGUCUACGACAUCACGGCAGACGAUUACAUCGCUUUCCUCUGCUCCCUGAACUACACCAUCCCACACAUCCAGGCCAUCACGAAGAGGCCUAACGUGACCACCUGCUCGCGGAGGUUUUCAGAUCCUGGCAACCUGAACUACCCAUCAUUCUCGGUUGUGUUCGGGAAGAAAUGGAGAGUGGUGAAGUACCGAAGAGAGCUGACGAAUGUUGGCUCGGCGUCGUCAACCUAUGAAGCGAAGGUAAGCGGGCCUGGUGGUGUUGCUGUGACGGUGAAGCCGGCGAAGCUUAUGUUCAAACACGUCAAUCAGAAGCUCAAGUACAGUGUUACGUUUGCGUCGAAGGAAAGAGGGAGGUCUGCCGGCACGGCAUUUGGUUGGAUCACUUGGAGCAACAAGCAGCACAAAGUGCGAAGUCCCGUAGCCUAUACAUGGAAGAUGUGAACGAUGGUUAGAAAUUUGUUCUCCUUCCUUUUGUGGCCUGAAUCGUUCAAUGGAAUCUUUCCUGCUCCAAGUCAACCUAAUCUCUGCAGAAAAUUCGAUUCAGGGCGGUGAUGUAGAAUAGAAUCUGGGCUUGACCAUUCAUCGGCUUCCUCUGCUGGGAGAGACGUCAAGCUGUUCCGGCAGAUACAGAGAACCUGACUUAAGGCUCUUAGGGGUUUUCUUUACUUGUGUGUUUGUGGUUUUAACAAGAAUCAAUAGUCUGGAGAGUUUCAACAUGCCAUCUUUGCAAGAAGGAUUGGUGGUUUGAGUUGGGUAUUAGGUAGGCAUAAAAUUAUCUUACAAUCAUUCUUAUCUGAGCCUCUCGUUCGCUAGUGUUGGAUGUAACUGUUGGUCGAGCAUAGUGCAAACAUGUCGAGCUGCUUGCUGUGUUGUCUUU